UAAACUAGUCGCCAAAGUAGUCGGAGGAUCUGAGUCCACUAGUCUAACAAGAUGUCUUUCUUCGCAAUUGCAACGGUUCUUCUCUCGAUACUGGUUCCUUCAUUCAGCCAACGUGAAGCCGAAUGCGGCAAGCGACCAUUCUCAGCGCGAGUUGUUAAUGGCGAGAAUGCAACACCUCAUUCGUGGCCAUGGCAGGUUUCCCUACGGGUUAACGGCCACCACAUCUGCGGUGGAUCUCUUAUCAAAGCUAACUGGAUCGUAACCGCGGCUCACUGCGUACGAAAUUUUCCAUAUCCACAAGGAUACACUGUUGUAGUAGGGGCGCAUAGACGAAAAGGUUCAACUUCUGUUCAAGAGGAGUUCGAUGUGAAGACUCUUUACAAGCACGAUGGUUUUACCAUGAACAAUCUGAAACACGACAUUGCCGUUCUUGAGCUGAAGGGCUCGGUAAAGAUCAGUGAUAAAGUGUCACCCGUUUGUCUUCCUACUGAAGAGCCAGCACCUGGAACUGAAUGUUAUAUUUCAGGAUGGGGACGUCUUCGAGGAGGUGGGUCCGCCCCCGAUAUCCUUCAACAAGCGAUGAUACCAAUCGUUUCCCACGAAGAAUGUAAAAAGAAGUAUGACCGAUACGACAAGCAAGCUCAUUUGUGUGCUGGACAGGGGCAUGCGAGUGGCUCAGGUGGCUGUCAGGGAGAUAGUGGUGGUCCGCUUGUUUGUGAGAAGGAUGGCACUUGGUACCUGCAUGGCGCUGUAAGCUUUGGGAAACGAGGCUGUCCAACUAAGUACAACACAGUGUUUGCAAGAAUCACGACUUACCUGCCCUGGAUAAUGGACAAGUUAGUCAACAGACCGCCAGCCCCGACACUGCCCCCCAAAACGCCUCCACCGGGCUGCAAGGAUAAGCGGGAAGACUGUGCUUCCAAUAAGAUGUGGUGUCGCUUCAUGCCUGACAUAAAAAGGGAUUGCCCUUUCACAUGUGACAACUGUUGAAUCCUUGAUGCAUAGCAUAUAAAUCUCAUUCCAAACUCAUUUGUAUCAACACAUUUGACAAAAGCGACGGAAGCAAUAAAAGUAUAUGAUAAA